UGGGACAGAGGCAGCGCAGAUGGACCGGGCCACUUUUUGAAGCGUUUGAUCAUAGCUUAGUAAAUCAAAUCAGCCGGUCGAGGGGAUGUGUCGGGCUGAAUUAUUUCCUCGGUCUCCUUCUAUGAGUCCUGAUUGUUUUUCCUCCCGCUAGAUGAGAGCGGGUUCAUCGUGAAAGGGGGGUUUUUAAUGCUCUGCUGGGUGUGAGGGGACUCGCUGGACCACCGAGGGUCCGGCUCAGUGAUUGAGAAUCACCACAGCACACGCAGCGUUCAGCAUGGGCGACUACAACGAAGACACGGCCUUCCUGGGCCAAACCGGACCUCACUUCUGGAUGACUUUCAUCCUUCUCAACACCAUUUUCGUCUCCACCGGUUUCAACGGGCUCUACAUCGUUUUCGUCGGGGCGGCCCCCGAGCACCGCUGCCUCGUGCCAGAGGUCAACCUCACGGCGGCGUGGCGGGACGCCAUCAUUCCCGUCACCGAGGCGCACGGACGCGAGGUACGUAGCCAGUGUCGGCGCUACAAGCUGGACGUGGUCCGGAACCUCUCGGCGGAGGGAUACGCUCCCGGGACGGACGUCAACCUCACAGGCUUGGAGCAGGAGGCCUGCCUGGACGGCUGGAGCUACAACAGAGACAUUUACCCGGACAACAUUGUCACCGAGUGGGACUUGGUGUGUGACGACCAGUGGAAAGUUCCUUUUGCAUCCUCUACUCUCUUCGUAGGGUAUCUCGUGGGCUCGCUGAUCUCAGGCCAGCUUUCUGACAGGUUUGGUAGAAAGAAGACCGUUUUUAUCUCCUUAGGAGCUCAAUCCAUCUCAGUCCUGUUGCAGUCCUUCUCCCAGUCAUGGAGGAUGUUCUGCAUCAUGUUCCUGUUUGUCGGAGCUUCCCAGAUUUCCAUCUACAUCUCUGCUUUCGUAUUAGGAACGGAGGUUUUGAGCAAAACGCUUCGUGUGAUGUUCACGACGCUCGGAGCGUUCCUCUUCUACGGCAUCGGCUACAUGAUUCUUCCGUGGAUUGCGUACAGCAUCAGAGAGUGGAGAACCCUCCUCGCCGUUCUGGCGGCCACCUCUGUGGUCUACGUUCCUCUCUGGUGGUACGCUACCGGAGUCACUCAAGAAACAUCCGGGAUUUCGAGUCACGGACGGCGAUUGCGUGUUUGCAGGUUCAUCCCAGAGUCCCCCCGGUGGCUGAUCACUCAGGGAAGAGUGACGGAGGCCGAAGCCAUCGUCAGAGACGCUGCGCGGAAGAACAAAGUUGAGGCGCCGCUUGUUAUCUUCAGAGGAUCCGAGUCACCGCCUCCGAGCAAGACGUACACCGUGCUCGACGUCCUGAGAUCCAAGAACAUGAGAUGCAUCACGCUGAUGUGUCUUGUUCUGUGGAUGGCCAUCAACGUGGGCUAUUUUGGUUUAUCCCUGAACACUUCCAACCUCAGCGGCGACCCCUUCAUGAACUGCUUCUUGUCGGCAACCACCGAGGUCCCCGCCUACAUUGUGUCCACGUGGCUGCUGAAGAGAUGUCCCAGAAGGGCUUUGCUUUCCACCUUUCUGGCCAUCGGUGGAGGAGUCCUGCUGCUCAUCCAGUUCAUACCGCCAAGGCUUGAGUAUGUGGCCUUAGCUCUGGAAAUGACCGGAAAAUUUGGCUUCACCAUGGCGUUCGGCAUCGUCUACAUCUACACGGCAGAGCUCUACCCCACCGUGCUCAGGAACCUCGGCAUGGGAAUAUGCUCGUCGGCCGCUCGCAUCGGAAGCAUCACGGCUCCCUAUGUCAUCUAUUUAGGCACUUACAACAAGGCGUUGCCAUACAUCCUCAUGGGAAGUCUCACCAUCGGAUCCUGUGUGGUCAACAUCUUCCUUCCGGAGACCUUGAACAGAGACCUUCCGGAAACUCUGGAAGAGAUGCAGGAAUGGCAAGGGUGGUGCUGUGGAACCAAAAUCAAGAACUACGCGGAAAACGGAGGAAGUGGACACCCGCAAAAACAAAACUGAGCCAAAAAUAAACUGCACAGUCUUAC